GUGAUCUCUGUGCAGCACUGUAUAGUUACCAUGGGGUGGUUGUGUUUGUGUACUUAAUAAUUGCUUAUUAUUGGGAAUAAAUCUUAAUGUGUAUAAAGAAGAUAAUUUACAUGUAGUUAUUGUCUUUAAGACUGUUUCUGCAAAAACCUGGUGAAUAAGGAAUCUCAUCAUGUUUCGGUCACACGUUCUACAAUUUAAACACAAUUUUAAGUUUGAGUGCAGAAGGUGUAAGAAUAUCUCAUCUGAAGAAAUAAAACUUGGACUUCCUGCAGAAGCUCGUCACAGAUUAGCGAAUGGACCGGGACUACAAGAGUUUCUUUCCAAUCCUCCGAGGAACUGGGAGGAAUAUGAUGGAAAAUUAAAACGUGAGAAAGGAGAGUCUGAACGGUUGCGGUUGCCACCAUGGCUGAAGACCAACAUCCCUACAGGCAGUAACUAUUCCCGCAUAAGAGAUCAACUUCGACAGUUAAACUUGCAUACAGUGUGUGAAGAGGCACGCUGUCCUAAUAUUGGAGAAUGCUGGGGUGGUGGCAAGCAUGGUAGUGCUACUGCCACAAUUAUGCUUCUUGGAGACACUUGCACCAGAGGUUGUCGUUUCUGUUCAGUGAAGACAUCCCGAGCACCACCUCCUCCAGAUCCAAGUGAGCCAGUCAACACUGCUGUUGCUAUUGCUGCGUGGGGAUUGGAUUAUGUGGUUCUAACUUCUGUUGACAGAGAUGAUUUGCCAGAUGGAGGAUCACAUCAUUUUGCUGAAACUGUGCGAGAAAUCAAGCAUCAGAAUUCAAAUAUUUUGGUGGAAUGCCUAGUCCCAGAUUUCCGUGGUGACUUGGAUGCUGUCAAGACUAUUGCUGACUCAGGACUCGAUGUAUAUGCUCACAACAUUGAGACAGUUGAGUCUCUGACCCCAUACGUUAGGGAUCGAAGAGCACAAUACAGGCAAUCUCUGAAGGUUCUUAAUGUGGCAAAAGAAGUUAAUCCAGACCUUAUUACAAAAUCUUCCAUCAUGCUAGGUCUUGGAGAAACUGAUGAGCAAGUACAGCAGACAUUAAAAGACCUACAGGAUGUUGGUGUGGAUUGUGUCACAUUAGGGCAAUACAUGCAGCCAACAAAGCGACAUCUGAAGGUUGUCGAAUAUGUUACACCAUCAAAAUUUCAACACUGGGAAGAAGUAGGCAACUCAAUGGGAUUCCUAUAUACAGCAAGUGGUCCUCUAGUUCGCAGCUCUUACAAAGCUGGCGAGUUCUUCAUUGCUAGUAUCUUGCAGAAGAGGAAGGUUAAUGCCAAGUAGUUUUACUGGAUAUUGCCAAAAUUGAUCUGACUAGCAACAGAGUAUCUUGUCUGAAAUCCUGAUAUUAUCUGUAUAUAGGGUUGUUAUUUAUGAGAUCUGGGAGAAGUAUAGUUCUUCACUACAUUUCAAACUUUUGGCUCUCUUUGGAUCAAAGUAUAAAUCUUAUCGUUGUGAGUAUAUUUAUACAUAUAAUAUAAAUGAAAUAUGUAAGGUUU